AGAGAGGUGUGGAGCUCACGGCGGUAUAAAAGCGUACGGAUUUUGUACGGAGCAUCACACAACCUCGGCGCCUCCGCGAGUCAACAUGAAAGCAUUCUUGGUAUUAGCUGCCGUAGCGGCACUCGGCUCGGCCAGGCCCGAGGCGGGCUACAGCUACAACGCUCCCGGUGGCGGCGGUGGAUUCUCCUCCGGCGGUGGGCACGGUGGUGGCUUCUCCUCUGGCGGUGGACACGGAGGCGGUUUCUCCUCUGGCGGAGGCGGCUUCUCCUCUGGCGGCGGACACGGAGGCGGCUUCUCCUCUGGUGGUCUGAGCUCCAGCAGCUUCGGAAUCGGCGGCGGCAGCGGUGGCGGAUUCUCCUCCGGCGGCGGAUUCUCCUCUGGCGGCGGCGGCGGCGGCGGUUUCGGCGGCGGCUUCGGCGGCGGCUUCGGUGGCGCCCCCAUCGUCCAGAAACACAUCUACGUCCACGUUCCUCCCCCAGAACCCGAAGAACAGCGCCCCCAGAUCAUCGGCGGAGGCGGCGUCCCCCAGAAACACUACAAGAUCAUCUUCAUUAAGGCGCCCGCUCCUCCCGCCCCCGUCGCGCCCAUCAUCCCCGCCCAGGCCCAAAACGAGGAGAAGACCCUCGUCUACGUCUUGGUCAAGAAGCCCGACGAACAGCCCGACAUCACCAUCCCCACCGCCGCUCCCACUCAACCCUCCAAACCCGAAGUUUACUUCAUCAAGUACAAGACCCAGAAGGAGGGUGGUAUCGGAGGUGGAAUCGGAGGUGGCUCGAUUGGCGGUGGCAUCGGUGGUGGCAUCUCUGGCGGUAGCAUUGGCGGUGGUAUCGGUGGUGGACACGGCAUCUCCGGAGGCAGCAUCGGCGGCGGUAGCAUCGGCGGCGGACACGGUGGCAGCAUCGGCGGCGGACACGGUGGCAGCAUCGGCGGCGGACACGGUGGCAGCAUUGGCGGAGGCUCCGGUGGAGUCAGCUCCUCGUACGGCCCCCCCGGCCAGUCCGGCCCCUAUUAAACACCGCGCCAAGCGCCCCCAUGUGAUACCUGCUUUGCCGGCGACUUAGUCUUAAGUAGAACAAAAAAUUACGGUGCCUAAAUGUAUUUAUGUAAAUAGUAAUUUUAAUGUAUCAUAAUUAAUUCUAGUUGUAUUGUAAAAUACUUUUUGCAUAAAAAAUCGAUAAACGAACGAA